UACCAGCUAGCUAAACAGAGAAUUCUGAUGUUGAGCCAUGGAUACAUUAGCGAUAAUGUUUGCGAGAAAAACAGUUGGGUCCGUUUGGUAUGUAACACAGAUGAAACAUGUCAGGGGAAGUGUUCUGUCAUGAGCAAUUCAGUUCAGGACGAAAUGGGUGUGAGAACAUAUGGGAACUAUCAAGAUGGAGGGUAACAUUAGUUAGGAGAUGAGAAAUCUUGAAGAUGUUUCCUUCCUUGAGGUGUUUUAGGCAUAGUCAUAUAUACGUACCGGUAUAUAUGUCUAUGGUUUAAGGGCGUUUGAGUCCAUCUCCAGACUCCGUUCUCUGUCCGUGUGUCUGGUCAGUGUCGGAGUAAUCCCAAUACCUGGCAGAUGCCAGUGGUCCGAUUUAGCUCAGGAUUACUCCCGUUUAACUGGAAGCGGGCAGCGUCUGUUUAACAACUAAACGGAAUGGCGAAGAGACUGUCUCGGGGACGAACACUGCCCUCUUUGGCCAGCCAAGACACAGUGGAUGAGGUGCCCAGGUCCAGGAGGAAGAAGGCCAAGAAAGAUCCAGAUGGCACAGAAGACAUGGAGGACACUGGGAUGGAGAUGGGGGGUGUGGCGAGUCGUAGGCAGUCCGUGAGCCAAACACCUUUGACCCCUGAGCCUCAGGAAGUCCCUGCUGCAAGGAAGAAGAAGAAAAAGAAACAACAGACCCUCGAUCUUGAGGGGGACCAGGCCGGCCUGGUGAAUGGAGAUGCUGCAGAUGCUGCAGAGCAGACCACGGACGCAGAAGAAGCACCACGGAAAUCCAGGAAGAAGAAGAAGCCCAAGGUGGUGGAGACUCCGUAUGUUAAUGACCUGGACGUGGAGGAGGAUGACAUCAUCUCUGACGCCCAGUCCCCAAUCCCCCAGCAUUCCCUGUUCUCCGCCCCGACGGGGCAGAGCCAGCCAGUGGGGAAGAUGUUUGUGGAGCAUGGCAGACGCUUCCAGGCUGCUGAUCGUAUAGACAAACGGAUGGCAAGUGAUCAGCUGGACACAAACUUCAUGGACAUCCAGUCCAUGUGGACCACCAGAGACGUCUCACUGAAAGUGCACAGUGGAUAUAGGGUGAUUGGCCUGUUCGCUCACGGUUUCCUGGCUGGCUAUGCCGCCUGGAACGUCAUUGUGAUCUACGUUCUGUCUGGAGAACAAUUUAGCACCCUGAAUAACCUGCUUCAGCAGUACCACAGCUUGGCCUACCCCUCCCAGUCCCUGCUCUACCUCCUGCUGGCCCUAAGCACAGUGUCAGCUUUUGACAGGCUGAACUUGGCCAAAGCCACCAUUGCCAUGAGGAGUCUGCUCAUGUUGGAGCCAGCUGCUCUCGCCUCCUUGCUAUACUUUGCUGCAUUGGUGCUCACUCUGAGCCAGCAGAUGACCAGCGAUCGCAUUAAUCUCUACCCAAGCUCCAAUUCAACCCUUUGGCCUCCGGGCUCAGAGCAUACCACCCUGUACCCCUGGAUCGGUGUGAACCUGGCCGUCACCCUGAUGGUGGGGCUGGCAUGGGCACUGAUCUCCACUGGCCCAGAGACAGACUACACCGAGGAGUUCCUUCUGUCUAUGGAAGUGGAGUACCCCAAGCCCCCACAGAAAGCAGACAUGCCUGUCUGAUACAAGCUUGGGUCUUUGCACCAGAUCGCACCUUUUUAAAAAUGUACUACCUUUCAGUUAUGUAAAUUUACUUAUUUUUUGUAUGGACAUUGUAUAUAGUGUUUGGCGGUUUGAUACUUGUGAUAUAUUGAAAUUAUGCUUUUUUUUAAAUAAAUCUGACACUAUA